UCCGUUCCUCCCACACCGACCAAAGUUCGUUCCGCCGUAACUGCCACCCAUUUGCCGGAACAUGUGGCCAUGCUCAAGGCGAACGGUGGUAUCGAAAUGGCCGAGGAAUAUGAGAGUUUGGAGACCGGGGUCGGACUGACGUGGAAGAACGCGAAUCUGGAAGUGAAUCGGCCCAAGAACCGUUAUGCCAAUGUGGUUGCCUACGAUCAUUCCCGAGUCUUGCUGAGUCAGAUUGGGGACGUAGCCGGAUCGGAUUAUAUCAAUGCCAAUUACAUUGACGGAUAUCAACGUUCGAAGGCGUAUAUUGCCACUCAGGGUCCACUGCCAGAAACAUUCUACGACUUUUGGCGUAUGGUUUGGGAACAGAACGCCUAUGUGAUUGUCAUGAUGACCCGGUUGGAGGAACGUGCUCGAGUUAAAUGUGAUCAAUACUGGCCCACUCGGGGUGUGGACACGUACACUAGUUCGCAUCAGUCAAAGAUCAAUCCGGCACCAAUGUACAAGGUCACUCUGAAGGAUACCGCGGAAUUCGCGUACUACACCUUGCGCACUUUCACCCUAGAACGUCGUCACGACCCGGACAGUGGAAUGGAUUUGGUCCCGAGCCGGAUGAACUCACGCACGGAUCUGACCAAUGGAACAACACCGUCCGGGGUCGAAAGUCGUGAGAUCAAGCAGUUCCAGUUCACCGCGUGGCCGGACUACGGGACACCGGAUCAUGCACAACCACUCUUACUAUUCAUUCGACGUGUGACCCAGGUCCGAGCGCACAUUCUACAUCAACUGCAACAGGAACGUCUAGCCAAUGGGGAUUCAAUUGGGAGCGCACCUCGGGGAACCGGUGUGGAUUUGCUCCGAACCAAUAGUCCGCAACCGGCCAGUGAAAUGGGCCCAACAAUUGUGCAUUGCUCAGCUGGUGUGGGACGAACAGGUGCAUUCAUAGUGAUCGACUCUCAGCUGGAGCGGUUAAGGCAUGAAAAAUCGGUGGACAUUUACGGCUCUGUCGGUCGAAUGCGUAAUCAACGCAAUUUUAUGGUUCAAACCGAGGAGCAGUACACUUUCCUCUAUGACGUAUUUGUCGAGGCGGUUACCGUGCACGGGACUGAGGUCACUGCGCACGGGUUGUACAAUCACGUAGUCAAAUUACGUCAAACUGCACCAACAAAUCUACUCGUACAGAACAAAUCCGUGGCCAAUGGAUUGCAAGACUCGACAACAACUACAACAACUACAACAGGAAAUAAAAUGUUGGCCUCGGGUCAAUCCGGUUUGGAGCUGGAAUUCAAUGUGAGUUUUUUGUUCAAAGAAAGUGAAUUUCCGUUUGGUGCACAUGAUAUCCCCACUGGAACUGUUUUGCUACGGAACAAUAAAUUCUUUUCAGACUUCACAGGGAUUACUGUCUGA